AUGAACGCGAGUUUCCGUUUGCACGUGUUGCUGCUUUUGUCGGCGUGGAGUAAUAUCCACUUACUCUUCUUCGCUGCGGCACUCGUGCAGUAUCAGCAGCGUUGCCGUCAAAUACGGUCGGCUUACAGUCAAACGCUGCGCCACAAUUUCGCUGCAAUUGCAAGUUCUCCCAACGAAUGGACGCUCAUGCAAGGUGCUUCAGCAGCAAACGAACGACGCAGGAAGAAGCUGUGGAUGAAGACUCGAUCGAACGACAGGUGGAUCCGGAUAGUUUUAACCCAGUUCACCGACGACGACUGGAAGGAAAACUUCCGAAUGACUCGAACAUCCUUCAACGAACUGGUGUCACAUGUCGCAUCUUUUAUGUCUCCUGAGCCGGACUGCGUGAGAGCACCCGUGCCCUUAGAAAAAAGAGUGGCUGUAGCUCUCUACAAAAUGGCUAGCUGUCGUGAAUACCGGGUUGUAGGAAAUCAGUUCGGUGUUCACAAGAGCACCGUGAAGAGAUGCGUCUACAUGUUCUGCCGCACCAUCGUGAAGUAUUACCUGCGGCAAUACAUACAACUACCAUCGACAGAAGAGGCAGAAAACAUUUCACGAACUUUUGAAGCGAGAAAGCUGAGGACUUCCUUCAACGUUCAAGCUAUAGUGGAUGAUCGUGGCCAAUUCCGCAGCAUCACAUGCAAUGUUCCUGGAAGUGCACAUGAUGCUUCAGUUAUAAUUAUAAGGCUGUCCACGGUGUACCUUAGGAGCGAAGAACUUCUGCCUAGGGAGGAAAGAAUAUUUCGUGGACGUCCAGUUUCAUUCAUGCUGCUCGGUGACCCUGCCUAUUCCCGGCUGCCAUGGAUUUUGAAGGGCUAUACCUGGUCAAGCGAACGAAGGAGGGACAAGGGAACAAACAAUGGACAGACACAAACAGGACAACAGACAACACGUGCAACUAAACUUACCAAAGAAGAAGAAUCGUUCAAUGUGUACCACAGUGCUGGACGAAACGUAGUGGAACAUGCUUUUCGAAGGCUCAAGGCACGGUGGCGCGUAACACUGAAGCGGGCGGACAUUAACUACAAGUUUAUGCCCACCGUUAUUGCAGCGGCAUGCAUCCUGCACAACUUCUGUGAACAGAAAUCUGAAGGUGUUAGGGAUGCGUGGAUUGCGGCUUUCAGAGAUUGUGAGCAGUACCUUUAUCAGCAGCCCGCCAGUAGUCCUCGCGAAGCUAAUGCUGUUUGUGAAGUGCGAGACUUCUUGAGAGACUAUUUGGCACAAGAGUUUCCAUUGCGUUCUGCUUCCUGGUAA